UACAUCUCACACGUAUGACACGCUGGCACGUGUCCCGAUUCCCCUUUAAGCAUUUUCCUUUCCUCUGCCUCGCCGUUGCUCUCUCCCUCGGCUUUCUUUCUUUCGCCUCCAGCGGCACUCACUCCGUCCGAGCAUUCUCAUCGAUAGAAAAGAAGAAAAUCCAAAACCCUAGCAGAAGUGAAGGGGAAUAAACCCUAGAAGACAGAAAAAAGAAGAAAAGAAGAGAGAAAUGGCAUCAGAAGGAGAAUCUGCGGCAUCUCUGAAAGAUGAGGGCAACGAGCUUUUCAAGGCCGGAAACUACCUGAAAGCCGCUGCUCUCUACACCCAGGCUAUCAAGAAAGAUCCUUCAAAUCCCACCCUUUACAGCAACCGGUCUGCAGCUUUUCUGCAUUUGGUCAAACUCAAUAAAGCACUUGUUGAUGCUGAGACAACGAUUACAUUGAACCCACAGUGGGAAAAGGGCUAUUUCAGGAAAGGAUGCGUGUUGGAGGCAAUGGAGCGAUAUGAUGAUGCUGUGGCUGCUUUCCAAUCAGCUUUGCAGCAUAAUCCACAGAGUUCAGAGGUGUCUAAAAAAAUAAAGAGGCUCACACAAUUAGCAAGAGAUAGAAAGCGUGCUCAAGAAGUGGAGACUAUUCGGUCCAACGUGGACAUGGGAAAGUAUUUGGAUCCACUGAAAUUGGAACUAUCUGAGAAAUUUGGAACUGAAGAAUGCUGGCCGGAUAUCUUCUCUUUUGUCGUUGAGACCAUGGAGGCAGCUAUAAAAGUAUGGCAUGAAACUUCAAAAGUGGAUGCGAGGGUGAAUUUCCUCCUCGAUAAACAGAAGACACAGACUGAUAAGUAUGCUCCCAUUGUUAAUAUUGAUAAGGCAUUUGAAUCACCCCACACACACAGCAACUGUUUCUCAUUUCUUAGGCAGUAUGCUGAGGAUUCUUUUUCCAGGGCUGCUUGCUUGGUGGCACCCAAGAGUAUUAUAUCUUAUCCACAGGUCUGGAAAGGACAAGGAUCGAGAAAGUGGAAGCAUGGCCAGAGCGAUGGUUUCUUUGUUCAAUUUGAGUCGCCUGUAUUGCGCAAACUGUGGUUUGUCCCUAGUUCAACCGAAAAGGGGAGGGUGCUGUGUCGGGAUCCAGAGGUCCUGGAUGUAAGUGCCCAUGAACUGCUUCCACGUCUCUUCAAACAAGCUGCCGUUAAUCACAGCUAAGGCCACACUUCAGUUCCAAGCUAUCCGAUGGGAAAGAACAGUAGGCCCUCUGAGAGUGAGGGGAGUGGCUUUUGUCCCAGAGAGGGAGACGAAAAUGUCAUGCCCGAGUUGCAUUGUCAUUUGAUUUCCGGCUCUGUCAUGAGAAUCAUACACCAGUGCCUUUUGGAGUACUUCUCCAUGCAUGGAAAAAGGUACUGUGAAUUUUGAACUAGGCUUGAAAUGGUUUUUGAAGCUCGUCUUGAUUGUACACUCUCAAGUUAUUUGCUGUAUGAUUAUGUUGUGUUUGAGUUCUGCAAAUUUGCAUACGUGACUGUUUCAAAAGGUAAAAUACCAACUUCUGGAAGGAGUGGCAGUGAUUACGUGUGUGAUUGGGGUCGUUUGGGGUGUGUGGACAGGGAUCUCCAAGGGGAUGUCUGUGUCCACAGAUUGGGUUGUCUUGGAAAUGAAUUACAAUGUAUGUUGAGUUUUUGUGCUUGGAUGCGUGGAGUGGUUCCAUGGA